GACAACGGCUGCUCACUGCUCCCUCACAAGAACACCAUCCACAGUUGAUCCCAGGCAGCUCCAGGAGCUUCGGCUGCAAUGCACCAUUGCACAUCCAUAAUUUAUUUUUCGUUUUCAUUUUUCCUGCUUUUGUUGCAGCACCGAUUUCGCUGCCUUGUAUUUUCUUGGUGCGAGAGAAAAGAAGAUGAAGGCAGUGGCGGUCCUGUUGGGUAGCGAGGUGGGCGGGGUGGUGCAUUUCAGCCAGGAGAACGAAGGUGCGCCGUCCACUAUCACGGGCGAAGUCACCGGUUUGAGCCCGGGCAAGCAUGGAUUCCACGUCCACGCGCUGGGUGAUACCACCAACGGGUGCAACUCCACGGGUCCACAUUUCAAUCCCACCAACAAGGAACACGGUGCUCCCGAGGACGACACCAGGCAUGUUGGUGACCUUGGCAACCUCACUGCAGGCGACAGCGGAAAGGUGGAGAUUUCUAUCAAAGACAGCCAGAUAAAGCUGUGCGGGCCGCAUUCCAUCAUUGGCAGGGCAAUUGUGGUGCAUGCCGACCCGGAUGAUCUCGGCAAAGGUAUAGAUAUAUAUACGAUCUUCGAGUGCCUGUUGUUUGUGCAACUGUGUCUUGCAGGUGGUCACGAGCUGAGCAAGGAAACUGGUAAUGCGGGUGCAAGAGUUGCUUGUGGGAUAAUUGGGCUAGAAGCUUAGGCUCGGUGGUUUUUCUGUUCUCUUGGUGCUGGUUACUGUGAACAAUUGGCACUCUAGGCUUGAUCUCGAAACACUAAUCCACUACGCCACCAUGCUAUCAUUUGAAACCAA